AUGGGGAUGGACUUGAGGGUUGUUCCGGCGGAGGAAUGGUGGAACCGAGGGAGAGAUUCUAGCCACGACGGUGAACGUGACCUAGGCCUUAUGGUUACCGAUUUUCUGGAGACGGGAAGCGGUGGCGCUGCUAAUGGUGAUUCCUAUUGCAGCAGCGACAGCGAUUCUGGAUUCCCGGAUCCUUCUUACCUUUCCGAUAAAAUUCAGUUUCUCAAGUACUCAAUGCCUCAGCACGAAACCGAGGUUCUCUCUGCGGUUCGUACCCUGAUGCUUACGAUCAAGGAGAAAGAUCUUCACUCUGUGAAAUCCGGUACCUGUAACGCCAGUUGCAUCAGGUUUUACCUCGCAAAGCUCUUGAGACUCUCCGGUUACAACGCUGCUGUUUGCUCCGCAAGAUGGCAAGGCGGUGGCAAAGUUCCUGGUGGAGACAGUGAGUACAUAGAUAUCAUAUUGAGUGACACUGAUGUUGGCCAAGACGACCGUUUGAUUAUCGACAUUGAUUUCAGAAGUCACUUUGAAAUCGCGAGAGCUGUGGAUUCAUACCAACGGAUAAUGGAAUCACUCCCUGUUGUUUACGUAGGCACGGUGGCGAGGCUAAACCAGUUUCUCCAAGUAAUGGUCGAUGCAGCGAAAUUCUCUUUAAAGCAGAACUCGAUGCCGUUGCCUCCAUGGAGAUCGCUGAACUACCUGCAAUCCAAAUGGCUCUCGCCGCACAAGAGGCAUCUCGGACCGAUCAGUCAAGAAGGUCCCGGAAUGUUCUCGCCGGGGUUGCACAGACAGUGUGCUGAGAAUCUAAAGAGGCUUCAGAUUGCUUUCUAUGCGGAGCAAGAGUCGGAGAGAUUCAUGAAGAAGAAGAGCGGUUUAAGCCGGAGGAUUAAGCCCGAGAGGAUGAGAAUUCAUGGGGCUCGUGCCGCUCCUUAA